GUCGUAGACAAAAUGGCUGCAAUUCAGCUGUCCGUCGCACUGCCGACGCUGCCAGAGGGCUGGACGGCCGAGAAGGACUUCAAGCCUGUCGGCCAUCUCUCUGAGCCGACCCAGCGCGCGCUCGAGCCCGUUGGUCCUCACUUUCUUGCCCACGCGCGCAGAAAGAGGCAUAAACGCACAUUCUCCGAGGACGAGAAGCUGCAAGCUGAAAAGAACGUCAAGAAGGUCGAGCAGGACCAAGACGAUGACAUCGACAGCGACGAGGACCCUAUGCUCCUGCAGCGUGAGGCCAAGGACUGGAAGACUCAAGAUCACUAUGCUGUUCUUGGUCUGACCAGAUGGCGAUACAAGGCGACCGAGGACCAGAUCAAGCGCGCACACAGAAAAAAGGUCUUGAAGCACCAUCCCGACAAGAAAGCCGCAUCCGGACAGGAGGAGAACGAUCAGUUCUUCAAAUGCAUUCAGCGUGCCACCGAUAUUCUGCUCGACCCCGUCAAGCGCCGCCAGUACGAUUCUGUUGACGAAGCUGCCGACAAGGAGCCUCCGAGCAAGAAGGACGUGGAGAAGAAGCCAGGCAACUUCUACAAGCUGUGGGCACCAGUCUUCGAGGCCGAGGCUCGCUUCAGCAAGAAGCAGCCAGUGCCAAAGAUUGGAAAUGACAACAGCACAAAGGAAGAGGUGGAUGAGUUCUACAACUUCUGGUACAACUUCGACUCGUGGCGAUCGUUCGAAUAUCUCGACGAGGAUGUGCCAGAUGAUAACGAGUCUCGCGACCAGAAACGUCACGUCGAGCGCAAGAACAACAAUGCUCGCAAAAAGAGAAAGAACGAGGAUGUGCAGCGCCUGCGUCAAGUCGUCGAUCAAGCCUUGAAGCAGGAUCCACGACCAGCCAAGUUCAGACAAGAGAAGAACAAGGGCAAGCUUCAAAAGCAGCAGCAGAAGGAGGAGGCCGAGCGCAAGGCCAAGGAAGAGGCUGCCAAGAAGAAGGAAGACGAGGAGAAGGCUGCAGCGGCCAAGGCUGCUGAGGACAAGGCUGCUCGCGAGGAUGCGAAGAAGGGCAAAGAGGCGGCGAAGAAUGCUGCCAAGAAGAACAAGCGUGUUGUUCGUGGUGCACCGAAGGACGCCAACUACUUCGCGGAUGGCACAGCAGAUGCCUCGACCAUCAAUAGCGUCAUGAGCGAUGUUGAUGCGCUCAUCUUGAAGCUUGACAACGAAGAGCUUGCCGACUUCACCGCUAAGCUUCAAGGCAAGACUGAGAAGGCGGCUGUAAAGGCAGUGUUCGCUGAAGAGGUACAGCGAUUGGUGGGUGCCGGCAAGACCAAGGACGGCGAGUUGAAGAGCAUUGCGUGAUGGCGUAGAUUUUCGAUUGCGCUUGUUUCGAAGUGAAGGGAUAGAAGGGGCAUAAGUUGGAGUUUGAUGAAUGACACGAGAAGAGAUACAACAGUGCUCGUGUUUCAUGCAAUACCGGUAGACCUUUACUGAACCAACAGACCUCUCACCCAG